AUGACGAUGGUGAUGACGAUGAAUGCCACAACAUUCCAUGUAACUGUUCAAGAUGAUAAUAGCAUCGUUGUCUCUUUAGAAGCUUCAGAUGUCAUGAGCCCAUCAUCUGUGUAUGUUGUGAAGAUAACUGGGGAAUCAAAAAAUUACUUCUUCGAAUUUGAGGAAUUCAACAGCACUUUGCCUCCUCCUGUUACCUUUAAGGCUAAUUACCAUGGCCUUUAUUAUAUAAUCACUCUGGUAGUGGUAAAUGGAAAUGUGGUUACCAAGCCAUCCAGAUCAAUCACUGUGUUAACAAAACCCCUACCUGUAACCAGUGUUUCAAUAUAUGACUAUAAACCUUCUCCUGAAACAGGAGUCCUAUUUGAAAUUCAUUAUCCAGAAAAAUAUAAUGUUUUCACAAGAGUAAACAUAAGCUACUGGGAAGGUAAAGACUUCCGAACAAUGCUAUAUAAAGAUUUCUUUAAGGGAAAAACAGUAUUUAAUCACUGGCUGCCAGGAAUAUGUUAUAGUAACAUCACUUUUCAGCUGGUAUCUGAGGCAACUUUUAAUAAAAGUACUCUUGUGGAGUACAGUGGUGUCAGUCAUGAACCUAAACAGCAUAGAACUGCCCCUUAUCCACCUCGAAAUAUCUCGGUUCGUAUUGUAAACUUGAACAAAAACAAUUGGGAAGAACAGAGUGGCAGUUUUCCAGAGGAAUCGUUCAUGAGAUCACAAGAUACAGUGGGAAAAGACAAACUCUUCCAUUUUAUGGAUGAAACCCCUGAAAUUCCCUCUGGCAACAUUUCUUCUGGUUGGCCCGAUUUCAACAGCAGUGACUACGAAACUCCAUCCCAGCCCUAUUGGUUGGGCGGCGCAUCUGCAACUCCCGAAAGUGAAGAUGACUUUGUCAGUGUCCUUCCCAUGGAAUAUGAAAAUAACAGUACACUCAGUGAGACUGAGAAAUCAACAGCAGGCUCUCUCUCAUUUUUUCCUGUACAAAUGAUCCUGAAUUGGUUACCACCCAAACCACCCACUGCCUUCGAUGGGUUCCAUAUCCACAUAGAAAGAGAAGAAAACUUUACUGAAUAUUUGACAGUGGAUGAAGAAGCACAUGAAUUUGUUGCAGAAUUGAAGGAGCCUGGGAAAUAUAAGUUAUCUGUGACAACCUUUAGUUCCUCAGGAUCUUGUGAAACUCGAAAAAGUCAGUCAGCAAAAUCACUCAGUUUUUAUAUCAGCCCUUCAGGAGAGUGGAUGGAAGAACUGACUGAGAAGCCCCAGCAUGUGAGUGUCCACGUUCUAAGCUCAACCACUGCGUUGAUGUCCUGGACAUCUUCCCAGGAGAACUACAAUGGCACCAUCGUGUCUGUGGUGUCGCUCACCUGCCAGAAACAGAAGGAGAGCCAGAGGCUAGAAAAGCAGUACUGCACUCAGGUGAACUCAAGCAAAUCUAUUAUUGAAAAUCUGGUUCCUGGUGCCCAGUACCAGGUCGUGAUGUACCUAAGAAAAGGCCCUUUGAUUGGACCCCCUUCAGAUCCUGUCACAUUUGCUAUCGUUCCAACGGGGAUAAAGGAUUUAAUGCUCUAUCCCUUGGGUCCUACGGCAGUGGUCCUGAGCUGGAGCAGACCUUACUUAGGAGUGUUCAGAAAAUACGUAGUUGAAAUGUUUUAUUUCAACCCUGCAACAAUGACAUCAGAGUGGACAACGUACUAUGAAAUCGCAGCAACUAUCUCCUUGACUGCAUCCGUGAGGAUAGCCAAUCUGUUGCCAGCAUGGUACUACAACUUUCGAGUUACCAUGGUCACAUGGGGAGACCCGGAAUUGAGCUGCUGUGACAGCUCCACCAUCAGCUUCAUAACAGCCCCAGUUGCUCCGGAAAUCAUAUCUGUGGAGUAUUUCAACAGUCUGUUAUAUAUCAGUUGGACAUAUGGUGAUGACAAAACUGACCUCUCCCAUUCUAGAAUGCUACACUGGAUGGUUGUUGCAGAAGGAAAGAAGAAAAUUAAAAAGAGUGUCACACGCAAUGUCAUGACUGCAAUUCUCAGCCUACCUCCGGGAGAUAUCUACAACCUCUCAGUAACCGCUUGCACAGAACGAGGAAGUAAUACCUCCAUGCUCCAGCUUGUCAAGCUAGAACCAGCUCCCCCAAAAUCACUGUUUGCCGUGAAUAAAACCCAGACUUCGGUGACUUUGCUGUGGGUGGAAGAGGGAGUAGCUGAUUUCUUUGAAGUCUUCUGUCAACCAGUUGGCUCGAGUCAAGAAACAAAACUCCAGGAGCCGAUUUCUGUUUCCUCUCACGUUGUGACCAUCUCCAGCCUCCUUCCCGCCACUGCCUACAACUGUAGCGUCACCAGCUUCAGCCACGACAGCCCCAGCGUCCCCGCGUUCAUAGCCGUCUCAACAAUGGUUACAGAGAUGAACCCCAAUGUGGUAGUCAUCUCGGUACUGGCCAUCCUCAGUACACUGUUAAUUGGACUGCUGCUCGUGACCCUUAUCAUUCUGAGGAAAAAGCACCUCCAGAUGGCAAGGGAAUGUGGAGCAGGAACUUUUGUCAAUUUUGCUUCUUUGGAGAGGGAUGGAAAGCUUCCAUACAACUGGCGUAGGAGUAUAUUUGCUUUCUUAACCCUGCUACCCUCAUGUCUUUGGACUGAUUAUCUUUUGGCAUUUUAUAUUAAUCCUUGGAGUAAAAAUGGUUUAAAGAAGAGGAAACUGACUAACCCAGUUCAACUGGAUGACUUUGACGCCUACACCAAGGAUAUGGCCAAAGACUCUGACUAUAAAUUUUCUCUUCAAUUUGAGGAGUUGAAAUUGAUUGGACUGGACAUCCCACACUUUGCGGCAGACCUUCCACUGAACCGAUGUAAAAAUCGUUACACAAACAUUCUACCGUAUGACUUUAGCCGAGUGAGAUUAGUCUCCAUGAAUGAAGAGGAAGGCACGGACUAUAUCAAUGCCAACUACAUUCCUGGAUACAACUCACCCCAGGAGUAUAUUGCCACACAGGGACCACUGCCUGAGACCAGAAAUGACUUUUGGAAGAUGGUUCUACAACAGAAGUCCCAGAUCAUUGUCAUGCUCACGCAGUGUAACGAGAAAAGAAGGGUGAAAUGUGACCAUUACUGGCCGUUCACGGAAGAACCCAUAGCUUACGGAGACAUCACCGUGGAGAUGAUCUCGGAGGAAGAGAGGGAUGACUGGGCCUGCAGACACUUCCGGAUCAACUAUGCUGAUGAGAUGCAGGAUGUGAUGCAUUUCAACUACACGGCGUGGCCUGAUCACGGGGUGCCCACGGCAAAUGCUGCGGAGAGCAUCCUGCAGUUUGUACACGUGGUUCGACAGCAAGCUACCAAGAGCAAAGGCCCCAUGAUCGUGCACUGCAGUGCCGGAGUCGGCCGGACGGGAACAUUCAUUGCCCUGGACAGGCUCUUGCAGCACAUUCGGGAUCAUGAGUUUGUCGACAUCUUAGGGCUGGUGUCUGAAAUGCGAUCCUACCGGAUGUCUAUGGUGCAGACCGAGGAGCAGUACAUUUUUAUCCAUCAGUGUGUGCAACUGAUGUGGAUGAAGAAGAAGCAGCAGUUCUGCAUCAGCGAUGUCAUCUAUGAAAAUGUUAGCAAGUCCUAG